GCGGCCCAUGCCCGGCGGGAGCCGGCGGCGGCCCAGGGGGCGCCUCCUGCCCUGUGGGGGUCUCCCCUGGCGGGGUGUCCAUGUUCCGGUGGCUGGAGGUGCUGGAGAAGGAGUUCGACAAGGCCUUCGUGGAUGUGGAUCUGCUUCUGGGGGAGAUCGAUCCGGACCAGGCGGACAUCACUUACGAGGGGCGGCAGAAGAUGACCAGCCUUAGCUCCUGCUUUGCGCAGCUUUGCCACAAAGCCCAGACUGUGUCCCAGAUCAACCACAAGCUAGAGGCACAACUGGUCGAUCUACGCUCUGAACUGACAGAAACUCAAGCAGAGAAGGUUGUCCUGGAGAAGGAAGUCCACGACCAGCUUUUACAGUUGCACUCCACGCAGCUUCAGCUGCAUGCCAAAACUGGGCAAAGUGCCGACUCUGGCACCAUUAAGGCAAAGUUGUCUGUCCCCUCUGUGGAGGAGCUGAGGACCCAGGACUCCAGCACUCCAUCAGCCUGCUCACAACCACUAGGAACUGCAGCUCCCAGGUAUCUGAGCCCUCUUUUGGCCCCUGAGGACAGCCCACAUACGUGUGGCACACACACUAAAGAAAGAGAACUUGAGGCAAAUAAAACGGAGAAGGUAAAGGAAGCUCAACUGGAAGCUGAAGUGAAGCUGCUCAGGAAGGAGAAUGAGGCCCUCCGCAGGCACAUCGCUGUUCUCCAGGCGGAGGUCUACGGGGCCAGGCUGGCUGCCAAGUACUUGGAUAAGGAGCUGGCGGGCAGGGUCCAACAAAUACAGUUACUGGGACGAGAUAUGAAGGGACCUGCUCAUGACAAGCUCUGGAACCAGUUAGAAGCAGAAAUACAUUUGCAUCGCCACAAAACCGUCAUCAGAGCCUGCCGAGGACGCAAUGACCUGAAGCGACCCAUGCAGGCACCUCCAGGCCACGAUCAAGACUCUUUGAAGAAAAGCCAGGGAGUUGGUCCGAUUCGGAAAGUUCUCCUCCUUAAGGAAGACCAUGAAGGCCUUGGCAUUUCAAUUACAGGCGGGAAGGAGCAUGGUGUUCCCAUUCUCAUCUCUGAGAUCCAUCCAGGACAGCCUGCUGAUAGAUGUGGAGGACUCCAUGUUGGAGAUGCUAUUCUGGCAGUGAAUGGAGUUAACCUAAGGGACACAAAACAUAAAGAAGCUGUAACCAUACUUUCCCAGCAGAGAGGAGAGAUUGAAUUUGAAGUGGUGUACGUGGCUCCUGAAGUGGAUUCUGAUGAUGAAAAUGUCGAGUAUGAGGACGAGAGUGGACACCGUUACCGUCUGUACCUUGAUGAGUUAGAAGGAGGUGGCAAUCCUGGUGCUGGCUGCAAAGAGAGUGGUGGCGAAAUGAAAGGGUUACCAGGGUAUAAGAAGUCGGUGAGUGACGCACAUGAGAAUGGGGACAUGGGGGCUUCGGGUGAGAGCCCUCUGGACGACAGCACCGCACGAGCAGCCGAUCUGCACAGCCUGCAUCAUAAAAAGGCUUACUAAUCCACCCCCGACAGUCGUCAGACUCUGAACUUGGGGCACUCGUGAGGACGGUGAUGAAGAUUGCACAAGAUCAGGGCAGGCUGUAUGCUGCCUAAAGACAGGCGGGAACCUCAGGGCUUCGCGUGAGCAAUUCUAAGUGCAUAACCCUGUUUUCUGUGGUAUACCUUCAUUAGCUAUUGCAUGGAAGGCAAUUUUGAUUUUCCUGGACUCUAAGCACCAAAGCAUGUGUCUCCCAAGGGGUAUUACUAGGCUCUUAAAGGCCAAGUGGAUGCUAUUUCAUUUGGCUCCUUUUCAUAUUUAACAGGACAAUGCUAACUGGAUUUUCUAAGUACCCUUUAAACACAGCAGAGUAAAUGAAUCCUUAUCACAUAUUCCCUAAGGAUAAACCGCAGAACUUCAGAUGACAGAAUUUGACUCAGUGAAUUGCAGAAAUCUAGGUUGACAUUUUUGCUUAACUGAAAAUUUGCUUCAGGUUUUUAAAAAAGGUGUGUUGUACAUUCCUGAUAUCUAAAUUAAUUCUUCAUGAUCAUUUAUUAUAACGGGUUUGCUUUCCAGUUUAUUGCAGUACAAAAUAUUUUCUUUAGGCAAUCCGUAGCAAUCAAUGCUGCACUAGAAGUAGUUUCUGAAAAGUUAGUGUGCAUUUUACUUUGGGUUUUUAAAGGAAACGCAGACGAGUGUGAAAUACCUGUUGUCAAUUAUGUUGAUCUGUGUGCAUGGCACUGGAGCAUUACACUAUUAGUGUUUAGUCUCAAAUGUUUAUACAUUUUGAGUUGUUUGUUCAUAAGCUUUGUCUUGUGAUAGUCAGGAAACAUUACGAUGUCAUGAAAUACAUUGUGUUCAAACUGCAGUAUGCUUUAAGUACCUGACUUGCCAAUCAUUUAAAAAGCCAGGAGCCAAGGUGGGCAAGACGAGGUAAAGACAUUUUGGUACAGUGACCGUAUUGGUCUUCUUUUGAGUAUAUGCUUGACUAAAGCAAUACUCAUGUGCGAACUCUGUAAAUACGUUAGUUCUCUCGUAUCAGAACUAAGCACAGAGUGCCUGCUCCCUCCUUCCUGACCCACAGAGCACUGCACCUUGCUAGGCAAAGUCAAAUACUGUCUUUAAAGAGGUGUUGACUUUUGCUCCGUCACUGUUCUAAAGGAUUUACACCUAAGGGAAUAUUAAGUGGGAGAAGCCUCUAGUAUCUCCUUCUUGGUAUGAUUCUUCUUCCCAGAUGCAUUAUAUAUUUGUUCAAAGUUAAAUCUAUAAAGUGUAUAUACUUUAUUUUGUGAUUUCGCUAUUUAUAAGUUUAGUUUGUAACUGUUGCUCAUUUAUGGUCUGUGUGGGUGGUUUCAUCCUUCAGAGUAUCACCAUGUUCACUGGUAACUAGAGAUGCACUUCGUCUGUAUAUUGUUACUGAUGCUGAGGUACUUAGUAGCGUAACAUUGCCUGUAAGCAAGGUUAGUAUUUUAAUUGUACAAAUGAAUAAAAAGUUACAUAUUAUUGUUUGCUCCUGACAGGCUGGGCCUCUUAAGAGAAAGAUUGUUUUUUUCUCAUGUAUUUCCCCCAUGCCAAACACAUGCCCCACUGCAUGACUUGUGAUCUUCAAAGUAGGUGGUAGCCAGUGUAUUCAGUUAGGUGAAGAAAAAAUAUCCAUGGUAACAGAUCUGAAAACAUUUUUGCCAUGACAUGAAACCAUGUUGUUGUUCCUAUAUUCUUUCAACAUACAUUGCCUGGGAAUGACCAUGGCUUUUUCUCCCCCAAAGAAUAUGCCUUAUAUGUAUGACUGAAUAUUUAGGAAAUAUAAGCUAUAAUCCUUUGGAUUUUUUUCAAGAUCUGCACAAUAAAUGGUUAAGAUUUUUAGAAACUG